UUCUACCUUCUCUGUAUUACAUCGUAUCGUAGCUAGCAUGUGUAGCUGUUGUCGAGUGAACUGAUAGAAAGUUAGCUCGCUAGUUAGCAUGCCAGAUAAAUAAGAUUGUUACAUUAUUUAACUCUUUAUUGUGAUAGAUAUUUGUGUGUGAAUGUGAGAUUUGAGAAUGUAAAUGUUGGAUAAUUGUAGUAUAUUAGAAAGUCAACUGUCAAAAUCCAGGACGGUUUUCCGGAGGCGUGUGGUUUCUAUAGAAACGGUUGCAGGAUCCAGUAUGUGAAGGACACAAAGAGGUUUUGUUUUGAGAUAAAUUUUCAGUAAAGUGCAGUCAUGGUGUUGAAGAUCUUCUUCCCACGAUGCUGCAAUAUGGCCGACAGCGGUCUUCUCGUAGGACGCUGGAUCCCGGGCCAGGACUCGGCCGUGGUGCUCGCCGUCAUUCACUACCCUUUCAUACCCGGCCAGGUGAAGAAGUACCUGAGCGAGCUGCACAGCCAGACUCAGGUGGAUCUGACCAUUCUGGGCUCGUGGAGCUUCUCCAAGGACAGCCAGAAAGACAUGGACGAGUUCUUGAAGGACCUCAGUACCAUCUUCUCUCACUCUCGCUGGCUGCAGCUGAGCCGCGAGCCUGGCAAGAAAGGCUUCGCUUGCGAGGUGGUGCAUAAAAACGGACACGCGGCCGGAGACGAGGAACACGAAAUCAUCUUCGUUCACUACGAUCAGAGGAAGGUCAUGCUCUCGCAGCUUCAUCCCGUCCAAGAGAACGGUGCUGAUGUGAAGUCUUCGGAGCUGCGUGCCGUUUUUCACACCGUUUCCCAGAGCGAGCCGCUCUUCCUCUUCGACAAAUACGACGACGGGCCGCUGAAGUUGACCCACUGGCAGUCGGACGGCAGGGAGGCGAGCAUCCUCGUGGAGCUGAUCAAACAAGCGUCCGUCCCCGUCUGCAUGCUCCUCACCUUACUGGUGCGCUGGUGGAAAUGGCUGUGCAGCUUCAGGGUGCUGAAUAUUUGGCCGGUGCGCUUCAUGUCGAGCAAGUUGUCCACCUGCGUUCAGGUAGGAUACAGGACGGAGCAAUUCCAAACCGUCUUCUCAACCAGCAAGGCCACGACGCACAUGGAGUUCAUGAGAAAAGCGAACAUUUUCGUGUCCUUCUUUGUGGACACAGCUCUGGGACUGCUGCUGAUCUCGUGGCUCUACAGAGAGAACCGUAUCAGCUACCUCGCUAACACUUUAGUACCGGCUGCUGAUCACGUAGCCAAGGAGCUGCAGAACCUGCUGGAGUGGCUCAUGGGUGCCCCCGCUGGACUGAAGAUGAAUCGCGCUCUAGAUGAGGUCCUGGGGAAAUUUUUCCUCUACCACAUCCAUCUGUGGAUCAGUUACAUCCGUCUGAUGUCUCCUUUCAUUGAAAUGAUCCUGUGGUACGUCGGACUCUCUGCCUGCCUGGGUUUGACCUUUGCCCUUUCUGUGCUGUCGGACAUUGUAGCGCUUCUGACCUUCCACAUCUACUGCUUUUACGUGUACGGAGCUCGGCUCUACUGUCUGAAGAUCUACGGCCUGUCGUCUCUCUGGAGGCUUUUCCGUGGGAAGAAGUGGAACGUCCUGCGACAGCGCGUGGACUCCUGCUCUUACGACCUUGACCAGUUGUUUCUUGGGACUUUGCUCUUCACCAUCCUGUUGUUUCUGCUCCCCACCACCGCGCUAUAUUACCUGGUCUUUACUCUGCUGAGGCUGGUGGUGGUGACGUUCCAGGGUCUGAUCCACCUCAGUGUAGACUUCAUUAACUCCUUCCCUCUGUUCGCCCUGGGGCUGCGCAUCUGCAGGCCAUACAGACUGGCUGAGGGAGUAAAAUUCUGUGUCCUGCAUGAAGAACCUGGUGCUCCACUUCACCUGCUGAUGGAGAUUAACCCUCUGCAGUGCAGUUCGGUGCUGCAGUGUUACCGCACCGAGACGUCCAGCUGUUCGUCCAGAGACUCGUGGCUCACUUUGGUUAAGAAGCUGUUUGUCGGAGAACUCAUUUACCCCUGGAGGCAGAAGAGCACAAAGACUGAUUAAAACGCACCUGAGACACUCCCGAGCUCAACUUCACUCCCCCCCAACCCCACGCCCCCGUGCCCCCGUGACCAGCCUGCCCACACGCUGCCCACUUUCUUCCUUCCUGAGUCAGACGGCGUCUGUAUUCUUUAAGGAACUGAACAGUCCGGUAUUUCUUACUCAGACACUCAGACGCUACUGAUUAAUAUAUUUUGUCUUAAUACAUUACAAAAAUCUAAAUCUUGAUCGAUUUAUUUACUAAAUUAUUGAUUUAUUAUUAAUGAUAUGCUUUUGCCUUUUUGGUAUUUUUAUAAAUAUAUAAAAGGUGCCAGUUUUAGCAGUCAGCUGUUCUAAUUAACACGUAGAAGAGAAACACAUUCUCAUGUUUCUCAGUAGUUUAUAAAUGACUAUAGUGAUAAUAAGGCUGAUGUGUAUCUAAUGAAACAAAGUGACCAAUACUGUUGCCUUCACCUGAGACAUUCGUUCAUACACUGAUUUACCUCUAAAUGCCAUUUACACACUCGUACUUUUUCUGUAGAGCUUUCGACAAUAAACACUGUCUCAAAGCA